AUGAUCUUGCACUUAAUAGCAGAUGCGCCGCCCCCAGGCUGGUUGAAAGUUGAAAAUCAUCGUUCAAUAAGAAAAGUGGUCGCUCUCUUGAUCCCUGGACUAUUGCCAUCGUUCCUAGCUCUUCCUCCUCUUCCAACGUCUGCUACAGCUAAUCCCAACUUGCCUCUAUCUAUCCCCCUACCAACGGACUCCAGCACCGAAAUACCAUUUAUCGCUUCUACUUUUAGUUUUGCUUGCCCAACCAGAGCUCCAGGCGAUCAAACUAGAAUGUACUCGGUCCUGAGUAGCUUCUUUCAAGGGCCUGUAAGUGGAGAAGAGAAGAAAAAAAGACUGUUGCAGAGGGUAGCCUACCCUGUGAGGUACCUCCUGACGUUGGAACAGAUGGUUGAGAACGACUACCCCAUACCAUCUUAUAUGGCCGAUAUAUUCCAGAAACCUCCCGGUUGGUUAGAAACCACAGAACCUUCUAUGGAGUCAAUACUUUUGCUUCCUACCGAUCAACAGCAAUCACGAGUCUACGCAAUCGAUUGCGAAAUGUGUUUGACGGAGGAUGGUAAGGAGCUGACUAGAGUAUGUCUGAUUGACUAUACUUCGGGAAUCACUAUAUACGACCAGCUCGUCAAACCUGCAAAGCCUAUUACAGACUAUUUGACAAGGUGGUCUGGUAUCACGGAAGAAGCUCUCGCUCCAGUCACAACCACUCUUACUCAGGUUCAAAAGCAUCUUCUUACCAUCUUAGGCCCUUCUUCUGGUCCAACGUCCAUUCUUGUAGGCCACUCGCUGGAAUCUGACCUCAAAGCACUCAAGAUAUGCCACCCUCGCUGUAUCGAUACAGCAAUAAUCUACCAUCACCCCCGUGGUCGUCCUUUGAAACCAGGACUAGCGUGGCUGACUAAGAAAUGGUGUGGAAGAGAGAUACAGACUCGCGGUGAUGGCGGUCACGACCCGGAGGAGGAUGCCAGAGCUUGUCUAGACCUCCUCAAACUUAAAGUGCAGAAUGGCGCUGGGUUUGGUGAGUUUAGGACAGACUACGAGUCCAUCUUCGAGCGGAUGGCACGAGCCGUUGGACGCGGCGGCCCAGGCACGAUUCGUAGUGCAGUAGUUGACCACGGUAAUCCUUCUGCGAUGCAUGGUUCAAAAGCAAACACAGUCAUCCCAUGCACUAAUGAUGCUGAAGUUCUGGAGGGGUUAUUGCAAAGUGUUCCUGGUCACGAGUUUGCCUUUGGCAGAUUUACAGGCAUGUUAGCCACAACCAACCUGGCAGAACCAUCUCCAGAAAUUCUCUCCUCUGCCCUUGCUAACCUCAACAAUCAUCUGAUCACGCUGUACACCUCGCUUCCUCCACGCACCGCCGUAGUACUUUUCACAGGACAUUCAGACCCUAGAAAGAUGGCAGCUCUCAAUGCAAGAAAAUCGGCUUUUGAGAGUGCGAUCAGAAGUGGGAAGACCGCGGAGGACAUAGACAGGGAAUUGUGGUGGACUAGCAGCGAUGGCAGAGAAUUAGAAGAAGAGGUGGAAAAAGCCAAGAGGGGUCUAUUGUUCCUUGGGAUCAAGUAG